UUAAAAAUGGCUGCCCCCAUUGAAUGAUUGUCAACUUGAUUUAACAAAUAUUCUUUAUAAAAUGGCUACUAUUUUAAAACAUUGGAGGGAGGCAGCUACUCUGAUUAUUGCUGCCAAAUCGAAGAACAUUGCAAACAGAUACUCGUAUGAAAUUUUAAUGUUGAAAAGAAGUGGAAAAAGCAAAUUUAUGCCAAGCUUGAGUGUGUUUCCAGGGGGCGUGGCAGAAGAAGCAGACUUUUCCCCAGAAUGGGUGGAUGUUUUUUCCUCUCUUGACAAUGAUAUAUGGGCCAAAACAUUUGCUCAUUUUUCAAAGGUGGGACAAGGUCCUCCAAUGUUUAGCAGACAAAGGGAUGAACAUUUUUCGAAAAUACCAAGUGAAGUUGCCUUUAGAAUAUGUGCUAUAAGAGAGACAUUCGAAGAAUGUGGAAUAUUACUUACCAGAUCUUCUAAUGACAAUAAAAUCAACCUCUUAACAGAGACUUCAAAUGUAUCAAAGCUCUAUGGAACAAUUGGUAAUAUUGGUAUUUCUGAUUCUGAGAUAUGGAGGGAGAAGGUCGAUAAAGAUGCAACACAAUUCAUCAAAAUGUGUCAAGAAUUUAAUAUGGUUCCUGACAUAUGGUCAUUAACAGAAUGGUCAAACUGGUUGACACCUGUCACUGUGGCAAGAAAAUCGUCUGGAACUGAUGAAGGUUCCAAAAGAAGAUAUGAUACUGCAUUCUUUCUUUGUUUACUGGACACUAUACCAGAUGCUGUCCACGAUGACAAAGAAACAGUACAUUUACAGUGGUCUCCACCAGAUGAGCUGAUAAAAAGUCAUUUAGAAUCUAAAGUCAAACUGGCUCCACCACAGAUCUAUGAAAUAUGUAGAUUUCUAAACUUUAAAGAUAUGGAGGAGUUAAAUGAAUUUUGUCUGACCAGAAUUGACAAAAGAGUAACGAGAAAUUUUCCAGUACCUGCUGUCUGUGAUGAUGGAAUCUUUAUUCUAUAUCCAGGGGAUGAUCUUUACCCAGAUGAUCCAGAUAUCUAUGGUGCUAAGGGACCACUCAUUAUACCAGGAACUUUGAGUGAAAUUCAUCAGAAAUAUCCACAUCAUAAUCGUUAUGUUUUAAAAGACAAAGAGAGUCACAGAGAUUUUAUUUAUGAUGUUAAAUUCCUGUGUAAUGUUACUCAAGGCGAUGGACAUGUUAUUCCUAUAACAGAUUUGUCUUUCAUUGGAAUGCCCAGGGCAAGGUUUUAAAGACUAGGAUAAGAAGGGAAUCAGUGUAAGGGAUCAUAUACAUAUCAGAAUAAUUUACAGUCAAAAUUUGAUGUGAUAUAUAUAUAUUUAUAUAAAAAUUCAGAUUUAAGUAUUUGUAUGAAUAUUAUUAAGCAGCAUUAUGAUAUUUUAUAGAUCUAUGAAAUGUUCAAUUUACAGUUUUAUAUUUAUUACAGCUGGUUUUAUACCACUUUUGUUAAUUUACCCUAAAGAAUCAUGAUUUAUAAGUUAUGAAAGUAUAUAUAUGUUAUUGGGUGAUAUUUUGAAUUUUAAUGAAAUUUUGUAAAAAAAUAAAAACUGGUUAGUACUGCUUUUGAACGUCGCAAAAAUUCACUUACAAUUUCCAUUUCUUGAAAAACUGUCCACACAGUCUGGUUUUAAAAUGAUUUGUUAUUGUACAUUAUGUCUGUUUCAAACACAUUUUUUAUAUUUUAGUCUGUAUUACCAAUUUAUUCAACAAACAGCCUCUCAUGUCUGUUCACUAAUUAUUCUCCACAUUUACCUUGUUUGUUUAUUAUCCUCCAGAUUCAGAUCCAUGUCUUAGGAAAAUGUUCAGAAUCUUCUGCUUGUUUAAAACCCAGUUAUAUUUUACAUCUUUCUUUUGAACAAUACUAUAUUGUUGAUGUCCGUUAUCAUUAAACUAGUAUAUACUUUUUGUUUAGGGGCCAGCUGAACCCUGCCUCUGGGUGUAGGAUUUUCUCACUGUAUUGAAGACCCAUUGGUGGCCUUAGGCUGUUUUCUUCUCUUUGAUCGGGUUGUUGUCUCUUUGACAUGUUCCCCAUUUCCAUUCUCAAUUUUAUAAGGUGAAUUACUCCUCAUGAAAAACACCCCAAGAUUAACACUUAAUUUUGCUGUUUACAAAGCAUUUUGAAUUAAUGUGUAAUUUUCAUAUUAGUCAUAUCUAGUUCAUAAUGUAAUUUAGAUCAUGUAUGUAGUGACUUUUUAUUUAUUUAUUUAAAAUCUUGUGCUACAUUUAUAUCAGUGAAAUGUUGAUUUUGAUAAAUUUCUACCUCAAGUACAAUCAUUGCCUCUCCAAUAUUUGUAGAACAAUUAAUGGCAUUGCAAUUAAAUAAAUAAUGUAUUAAACAGUUGAAACUUUUGUAAUAUUUUUCUGCCUUAAAGAUUUAUAUAGUAAAAUAUUUAAGCAUGCAAUUUGAGGUCCAACUGUGACACCUUUUGAAUGAGCAUGCAUUUUUCAUAAAAUAAAUCCUGAUUUUUAUUGUA